AUUUCCCGAUUUUUCUGCCCAUUUUGGAAAAACCGAAGCCACUAUUAUUAGUAGUUACUUUCAGUUCUUCAACCUCACGCAUCAUCAUUCUGGGAAGUGCACUCCCCCUUAAGAUGAGAGCGUGGGAGGGAGUUGGAGAAAAGGGGGAGGAUUGUUCCUGUCUGUCUACGCUCUGUUAGAAAAGCCACCGUUAGAAUUGUGCCUGAAGUCCCUCCGAACAUUUCGGCCUGGCAGUGGAUGUCGUAGAAAGUCGCAGCAAUUUCAUGCAAAGUCCACCGCCAGCUUAUCCGUCAUGGACGUCUCCCAGACCCUGGAGACUGAGGAGGACCAGUUAACCUGCCUCCACAUCAGCCUCUACCAUCCACAGCAAGGCGCCAAGGGCAUGUUCCGCCUACUGCCCCUGGGCCCGGGCGCGGGGCACCACGCCCAUCCCGCGGACGAGCCGCUGAGGUUCGGCCGCGACCAGCAGGCCUGUAUCUUCGCCCUGGCCGACCCCCGUGUCUCCCGCAAGCAGCUGUCCGUCCAGGCCUUCCGGACCCCGCGGAGCCCCCACCUCCAGUUCAGCGUGCAGAGCCUGAGCCAGCGGGGCCGGGUGUCCGUGGACGGCGUCUCCCUGGUCUACCUGGAGAGGUUGGACGUCGGGUCCACGGCCCUGGUGAAGUUCGGCGACUACGAGAUGCUGAUCCGGGUGGAGCGGGGCGAGGCCGUGGCCAGCUUUGAGGUGCUCUUUGACGUACGUGAGGCCCGGCCGUCGAGGGCGGGGCAGGCGGAGGCGGGGCCCAGCAUCGCUCCCGUCAUGGAGACGGGGUGGUCGGAAAGACCGGCAGACCUGAGGAGCCACGAACAGGGGCCAAUGGAGAGACAGGGGCCCAUGGAAUCGGAUGAGACCCUUCUGUAUCUAAGCUGAUCAAGAAGCUCUGCUGCUGUUCUUCUUUCCCGAUCACCCUGGGAUGAUGGAUGAUUGUGUGGACAUUUGUGGCCGCACAUUUCAUUAUAUGUAUUUGUGAACUAUUUUUAUAACUUUGUGUGCCACGUCAAAUCCAACAUUUAUUGCAAAAUGAUGGUUAAAUAUUUAGUCAAUGAGACUGAUUUGAGAGAUUUUAUUAUUGACUUAACUUGUACUGUUUAUUUAAUCAAUCUUUAUAGAAAAAAAUCAUUGUUUGCUAUUAAAUGAUUGAAAAAACAUUAA